CUCUCUCCGCGUUCUUGCCAGCUUCCACCUCUCCUCCUCGCAUUAUGCCGUCUCCAACUGUGACGCGAUGCGACGCGUCCUCACUCACCGAAUCGACCUACCUGCUUUCUUUCUUCCCCCUCCGCCGCGAUCGUUUGCCUUCCCGAGAUCUUUGGGCCGUCCCACCUUCUCGGAAGAAGAGACGCCGAUACCGUAGGGUUGCGCCCCCACCCCCCCCUGAUUCGCCCCUUCGAUAAAUCCCGAUCGUCGUCAUCUUCUGCGUAUCGAGGCGUGGCGAAGCGUCGUGAUAAGGAUGUCAUGGAGCGUGGUCAACGAUGGCGAUGGGUUGCCCAGGAUCAUCCUGACGGAGCCUGCCGGCUCUUCCGCAGUGAUUCAUCUUUAUGGAGGACAAGUUCUGUCCUGGAAGAACGAAAAGCGAGAGGAGCUUCUUUUUGUGAGCACAAAGGCGAGCACAAAGUCACCUAAGCCAAUCAGAGGAGGAAUACCAAUCUGCUUCCCGCAGUUUGACAAUUUAGGUUAUCCGGAGCGGCAUGGAUUUGCUGGAAACAGAUUAUGGGAAUUGGACACAUGCCCAUCCCCGCUGCCACGAUCUAACAAUCAUUCUUCGGUGGACCUGAUUUUGAAGUCCACAGAUGAGGAUCUGAAGACAUGGCCGCAUAGGUACUAUUUGAGAAGUGGAUUUAUCCAUAUGAUCUCUGAUAAGCAGAUGACCAUCCUAACUUACAAAUGGUUACCUUUUGUUUGCUGUUUAUGCAGCUUUGAAUUGCGACUUCGUGUUAUUCUGCAUCCUAGUAAGCUGACUUUGAUUCCUCGUGUGAGAAAUACUGGUAGCAAGGACUUCUCAUUCACUUUUGCAAUCCAAAAUUACCUGUCUAUGUCAGAUGUCAGUGAAAUUCGUGUCGAGGGAUUGGAAACGCUUGACUAUUUUGAUAAUCUUGAAAAUGGAGAGAGGUUUACGGAGCAGGGCGAUGCACUUACGUUUGAUGGAGAGGUGGACAGGGUGUACCUAAGGACCCCAGCCAAGAUUGCCAUCAUAGAUCACGAGAAGAAACGAACUUUGGUGCUGAGAAAAGAGUGCCUACCUGAUGCUGGAGUAUGGAACCCCUGGAAUAAGAAAGCCAAGGCUUUGCCAGAUUUUGGCGAUGAGGAUUACAAAGCCAUGCUGUGCAUCAAUUCGGCUGUUGCGGAAACCCCUGUGGUUCUGAAGCCUCUCGAGGAGUGGAGAGGAUGCCAGGAGCUUAGUGUUGUCUCAUCAAGCUACUGCAGUGGGCAACUGGAUCCCAGAAUAGUUCUCCAUGGAUGAACUCCACUCCCCUCUCCUACUCUUACCCAAUAACACCUGGCCAUGCAACAUUGCAGGGAAGCUUGUGUAUAACAAUGAGUAGUACUGUAGUGAUCGAGGCCUUUUUUUUUUCUUAAUUUAUUUUCUUGAUUAAAUAUAAGAUCAGAUUUGGUCGAGUCA